AUGAGUGACAUCGAAGACACCGUUCAAGCCGAAGAGGGAGAUCGUCUCGCCAGUCUCCUGAGCCUAUGCCCGCGCUAUAUCGUUGUUCCACCCAACCCCCCAGAUGGCAUUGCUUUUGCCAUGACGGGAGACUGUCAGGAUUGGGACCAAUUGACCUACUGGCACUCUGGCAUCUCCAACUGCAAGCCUGGCAUCUGGAGGGCAGAGAUCAAGAGAAUUCCUGGUGCCCAUGAUGGAGAUGCCGACUACGAAGCCUGUCUUCGUUGGGUGGCAGAUCUGGACGAUGAUACUGAGCUCGACUUUGGCGCCUCCCUUGAUGAGUGGCAAGCCUGGGAGCAAAUGUUCAAAGACAAGUUCGACGGGUCUCUCGAGUGGGAUAGCGGCAUCAUCUGGAAGCACGGCGGCACUUACUACGACGACGGCGGCAUUUUCAAUGUCAUUUCCACGGCAUAUCUGACCCAUGAGGCGGCAGCCAAGGUGCUAGGGGACGAUUACAACGAAGACGAAUAUGACGGCUAUCUGGAGAUGAUUACCCUCAAUGAUAACCCUAUAAACGAGGAAGACAGCCAGCGGAAUUACGGCUUCACACUUGGAGGACUACACUUUGGGCAAGACAGUAUCGGUGGUCCGCCUGCGAUUGCUCUGGCUGAAAAGGAUGGCCAAGUCGUCGCCAUCAAGCUCUGGAGCGACGAUGCCGAGAUUGAGGAGGGCACUCCCCUUGAGAAGCAGCCCGGCCAGCUCGUCUUUUAG